AUGGCAAUGGAGUUACGGGACAUGUUUGUCCUGUUGUUAGUGUUGUUUAUAAAUUCAUGCGUCUUUGGACAUAAUAUUGACACAAACAUUCCUGUUAUAAAGAAAGGAGUAAAUGGCAGUUAUUUUGGAUUCGCUAUAGCAGAACAUAUAAAUAACAAGAAUUUAAUACUUGUUGGAGCACCUUUGUUGACCACUUCAAUUGAUAAUGUGACUGUAAAGACAGGAGGCGUAUUUAAAUGUAACGUAGAGUCUAUGGACCCCGAUGAUUGUGAGCUAUUAGGAGAUAUUGAUAAUAGUAUAAGUAAUGAUGGACAAAAAGCUGGACAAUGGAUGGGGUCCACCAUCAGUAGUACCACACAAACAGGGAAACGUGUAUUGGUGUGUGCACAUAGGUACACAACAAAUGAUGUUGGUAUAGGGACUUGUGUGACGUUGAACCCUGACCUGACUCCUGAGAAUGAGAGACGUCCGUGUCGGGAUGAUGGACUUGAGAAUGAAGGAUUAGCAUACUGUCAGGCAGGAACAUCUGGAAUAAUGAUGAACGAUGAACAAAUUUUGCUGGGAGCACCAGGUGCUGUUGAUUGGACAGGUGGCUUGUGGAUUCAGUACACUGGCGAUGACAUCAGGAAGGAUCUAUCAUGGUUCAGAUCUCCCAUCUACCCCACUGAAGACACACGUAAACCACGCCCAAUCGACCUCACAUCCUAUAUGGGAUUCGCUGUGACAUAUGGGAGAUUUGACCCCCAUGGAGUGACCUUUGUUGGUGGGGCCCCUCGGUCUGUCUCCAAGGGUCAAGUAGUUCUAUUUGUGAAAAACACCAAGGGAUUGACAUACCGGAACAACCAAAUUCUGACAGGAGAGGAACCAUUCUCUGCUUUCGGCUAUUCUCUAACAGCCAUUGAUGUCAAUGAUGAUUCAUAUGAUGACCUUAUUGUAGGCAGCCCUAUGUACCUAGAGAAGGGCCAAAGUAUUGGUGGCGCCAUCUACAUUUACAUGGGAAGCGACUCUGAAAUGAUUACAAAAGAUUCUGUGCCUAUUAAGAUUACCAGUCGUAAGAUGAGUGAGGGUGACUGUUUGAAGUUCAUGUGUAAGGAUGCCCGAUUUGGGCACACUCUAGCCAAGGCUGGGGAUAUCAACCUGGACGGUUACCAAGAUUUGGUUGUGGGAGCUCCUUAUGAAGGUGUAGAUAAAGGUGCUAUAUACCUUUUCCAUGGCUCGGCUGACGGUCUGAAGGAGACUUACGCCCAGAGGAUCUAUGCCUCUGACAUUGUCACAAGUCCCCCACUUAAAGCCUUUGGACAUGCCAUCUCUGGUGGUAUGGACAUGGAUGGAAAUGGGUAUGAUGACAUCGCUGUGGGCUGUUACGAAUCUGGACAGGCCAUUCUCCUUCGGACGCGUCCUAUUGUUCACUUGACCGCUUCCAUAUCUGUGAAACCCAACAAGUUCAAUAUUUCCGAGCCAGCCGAAUGUUUUAAUGGAGUGAAGAAACGUUGCGUUGUGAUGGCCUUGACUCUGUACUACACUAUAGAUCCUGUUAGGAGUUCACCUUUAAGAAUUAUCUAUACUAUCGAAGCUGACACAACAAAACAGAGGAAGCGUGUUGAAUUUGCAAACCCCACACCAGGGAUGAAUGGCAUGAUUGAGAGAACUGUUUCCUUAUUCAAUGUAAACCGGAACGAGAAGUUUGAACACGUCAUCUACCUAAAGGAAAACUUUCAGGACAAACUGCACCCAGUACAGUUCAAGGCUACCUAUAGACUUCCAGACGAAAACUGGCCUACACGUGUAAAACGACAGGCCACUUUCCCUGAUAUCAACAGUUUCCCUGUAUUACUUAUGACAGGUGGGGAGGACGCUACAGAUAUCACACUAAACACAGAGAUAGCAUUUGCCAAGGAGUGCGGCAGUAAUGAUGUAUGUGAGAGCAGUUUGUCCCUAAUGGCCGAGGUCCUACUGGACGACGUAGAUGGGAAAACUGGCUUCCCAGUGAUGACAGAUAUUGGGUCGGAUCUCACCAUUAAGUUCACAGUAUCCAACUCUAGGGAGCCAGCUUAUGAGACAAUGUUCUACAUUCUUGUGCCUGAAGAAUUUGAGUACAAAAAUUCCAAAGCUUUGAACACAGGUUCCUUCUUGCCUGAGUGUUCUGUGUUCAAUGUCACAUUGCUGAUAUGCGGAGGACUUGGUAACCCACUAUUCAAGAACACUGUCAGGGAAUUCACAAUCACUUUUGAAACAGGAGGCCUUGAUCCAAAGACAAACUACUUCUCGAUGAAAGCAUUCGUUAAUACGACAAGUUCCGAGCAGACGCCGAAUGAAGAUGUGAAGAACAUGACUGUGAAGGUGGUUUCCAAGACUAAUCUGGUUGUGUUUGGAUCUGCCAAACCUGAUGCUGAUGUGACAUUCGGUGGAGAGGUGCGAGGAGAAAGUGCCAUCAGUCGAGCAGCACAAAUUGGUCCCUCAAUAAACCAUACCUAUGUGAUUUUAAACGACGGUAACAGUACUGUGGGCCAAGCAGAGUUUCAAAUUGACUGGCCAUAUGAGAUGAAACCUUUGUUACCUGGACACAGUGGCAAACACUUACUAUACUUAAUUGACAUCGAGAAGGAGUAUGGUGAUAUUGACUGCAGUCGUAUGGAUCCAUCUAUAUUCAAUCCUAUAAACGUUGAUCUGACCCCGGAAAUCCAGUUUACAGGUACAGACCUCGAGUCUUCUGGUGACUCAGAUCUCGAGUCUGAUGAUCACAAUGUCACACAAACUAAUGUAACAAAUGUAAAUGGUUAUACAACUCUUGGUCAGCGUCGCAGACGACAAGCAGAAGGAAAUGAAGAAGAUCAAGAAGAAAAGGACGUGGAUGACUCAUCACGCAUCAGACUGGCAGAACAGAGAGAAAAGAUGAAAAAAGUUGUUGUUCUAAGUUGUGAGGAAGAAAAUGUCCAAUGCUUUCGUAUGACAUGCAUGAUCUACCGUCUUGGUCCAAUGGAUUCUGCAAGCAUCAAAGUGGUUGCUCGACUGUGGGAGAGCACUCUUCUAGAAGACUACCCAGCUGUGGACAUGGUGCAAAUACAGUCCAGGGGUCAAGUAAAGCUUGAUCCUGCACUAAAUAUAGAACAACCUGAUCUAUCAGAUGAUAUUGCUAUCGCAACCACAUAUACCAUUCCUGAUGUGGCAACACGGCCAGCUAAAGGUGUGGCCUGGUGGAUUAUUCUGGUGGCAGUACUGGGUGGCAUUGUCCUGCUGGUAGUGUUGAUUCUGCUGCUCUGUCUGUGUGGGUUCUUUAAGAGAAUUAGACCAACCAAAGAAGAUGGAUAUGAACCGACGUAUCGAGGCGAGAUCAUAUCUGGUAUUGAGAAAAACGGUGAAUACAAGUGA